CUGGGGAGGGGAUUGAUGCUGAGCGGCACAGCCCGGAGCAUCCGUAUUCCCAUAGAGUAGCGCUGCUCUCCCUCUCCUCCUGCCGCUCAACCAUUAACCUGUUCCUUCCGCCGCCGCACCCUCUUCCCUCUCUCCAUUCGUCCCGCAUCUCCCAGACCCUCCGCAGCAGCAGCAGCCGCAAGUGAAGCCCAGACUCGUGCACAAUCUUAUCCCUGCUGCACCUGCUCCGGCUCCUUCCCCUGGUCCUGUCUCCGGCUCCUUCCCCGAGCAUCAUGUCUGCAGGGGGAGAUUUUGGAAACCCUCUGAGAAAAUUCAAGCUGGUUUUUCUUGGAGAGCAAAGUGUUGGGAAGACAUCUCUCAUAACAAGGUUUAUGUAUGACAGUUUCGACAACACAUACCAGGCUACAAUUGGAAUAGACUUUCUUUCAAAGACAAUGUAUCUGGAGGAUCGGACGGUUAGACUGCAGCUAUGGGACACUGCUGGCCAGGAAAGAUUCCGCAGCCUCAUCCCUAGUUAUAUCCGUGACUCCACCGUGGCGGUGGUGGUUUAUGACAUUACAAACCUGAACUCAUUCCACCAAACAUCUAAAUGGAUCGAUGAUGUCAGAACAGAAAGAGGAGGCGAUGUCAUAAUAAUGCUAGUCGGAAACAAGACAGACCUUGCAGACAAAAGGCAGAUAACCAUCGAGGAAGGAGAGCAGAAAGCAAAGGAGCUGAGUGUCAUGUAUAUUGAGACCAGUGCCAAAACAGGAUAUAAUGUUAAACAGCUUUUUCGCCGAGUUGCCUCUGCUCUUCCUGGCAUGGAGUGCGCCGAAGAGAAAAGCAAAGAUGGAAUGAUUGACAUCAAACUUGACAAACCACAAGAGCCCCAGGUGGCCGACGCUGGGUGUUCCUGCUAAUUUGCUUGGAUGAAUAUACCGACUGCUGGACGCUUCGCCCCAAAACACUUUCUUUUGGUUAGCCUGGAAAAGAAAAUCUUUUGGAUGCCAAGCCUAUAGAAUGUCAAAAAAAAACA